UGAGCAGACGUGAUUGACAGUUGGCAGACGACUGCGGAACGCGCAAGAACUCCGCGAACAACGCGCUUCUUCUAUACAUCUUCGGGCAAAGUCGGCGCCUUCUUUUGAAAAAAACGUAAAAUUUUCAUUAUUUAAAAACAACAACAACAAUUCCCGUAUAUGUAUGCGCCGUCGGGCUCAGCAAUCAUCAUCUUAACCAACGAAUAGCAACAAGAUCAGUUUAUUUGGGCACGUGCCUUAUUUAUAGUUCUCGCUCCUUUUUUUUUUCAUUUUCUUUUUGUUAUUGGUGACACAGUGUUUGGAUAUAGUGACCGGGAUCGUAUUAUUUUUGUUGUGGAUUAAGUGAUUAUAGUGCGGGACGGUGAAUUGGUACUACAGCGAGAUAAAGAGAGAGCGAGAGAGAGAGAAAGGAGGAAAAUUGGCCAUUUUAGUGCCGGGCAGUGCAGUUCAUGGCUCAGCCACGGGUGUAACUAAUAGAAAUAAGGGCAAACGAAAGUAGUAUUGUAUCACGAUGGACGUUCUACAAAAAAACUACGACGAUGGCAUCCAUUCCGGGUACAUGGACGGUAGUACGGCUGGGGGGAUGUACGAGGCCCACGUGGCCGCCCAUCGGCCCAGCAUCCCCGGCCUCCACCACUCCCCCCAUCUCAACCACGCGAUGCACCCUUACCACACGAACCACGUGAACCCCGCGGCGAAUCACGUGAUGGGCGGCGCAGUACCUGACGUCGGCAAAAGGGACAAGGACGCCAUCUACGGGCACCCUUUGUUCCCUUUACUGGCGCUAAUAUUCGAAAAGUGCGAAUUGGCGACCUGUACACCUCGAGAACCGGGAGUAGCGGGCGGUGACGUGUGUUCCUCAGAAUCAUUUAACGAAGACAUAGCGGUUUUUUCCAAACAGAUACGCCAAGAAAAACCUUAUUAUAUAGCGGACCCCGAAGUAGACUCAUUAAUGGUGCAAGCAAUUCAAGUACUUCGGUUUCAUCUUUUAGAAUUAGAAAAGGUUCACGAGCUCUGUGACAAUUUCUGUCACAGGUAUAUUAGUUGUUUAAAAGGUAAAAUGCCGAUAGACCUUGUGAUAGAUGAAAGAGAUGGUGGUAAACCCCCCGAAUUGACGGGGUCUACAAACGGGGACGGCGGCACCAGAAGUAACGCGGACUCCACCUCGCAUACGGACGGCGCGAGUACGCCCGAUGUCUAUUGUUUCUGAUUGCAGCGGCCCCCCUCGUCGUCGCUGAGCUACGGGGGACCAGUCAACGACGACGUGCGGUCACCGGGAACCCCCGGGCCCUUAUCGCAGCCCCCCGCCUCCCAGCAGAGCCUCGACGCCUCGGAUCCUG